ACCCCAUCCGCAUCUCACGCGCUCACCUGCCCGGAGACUUUAAUGAAACGCAACUUUUGAUUUCUGUCGGGGAUUUCGAGCCUCUUGCUGCCCAGAUGCCAGGUGAUAUGGAUUAACUGCACUUCUUCGAGGUGCGGCUUUUUUUUUUGUUUGUUUGUUUUGCGGCGCUUUUCGAAGUUGAUCCACAGACAGGACGGUCGGGACGGCCCGCCCUGCGCUCAGGAGGGGAUUAGAGAGGAGAAACCCGCUACUCGGAGAUGAAGACACGUCACCCUGGUCUUCUUCGGUGGGAUGAUGGGCAAAGCAGCGAGGGGAGCGGGACUGUAACUGGCACCUUCAUGGAGCCCUGAUACUCGGGGCAGAGAGCAGGUAAAUGGAGGUGCAGGACAGGAGCCGCUCCCCGUCCCGCAGGACCAGCCGGGUAGAGCAGGUGGUGGGACGAUGGCUGAGACGGUCCCGAGACUUAGGCAGCAGAUCUCACUCUCUGAGCAGGGAUCGGGCUGCAGCAGAAGGGAAGACAGCAGAGUCCGGCGGCUCUGACCACAGGAAUUACCCCUUCCGCUUCAAUGUUCAGAUCCAGCGCGACCCAAGCCUCAACUCUCAUGGCCUCACACUCUCCUCCCAGAACCCCAUCCUGGUGCAGGAGGUCAUCCCAGGUGGGCCCGCAGAUGGUCGGCUCGUCCCUGGCGACCAGCUUGUGAAGAUCAAUAACGUCUCUGUCGAUGACCUGACCCCAGAGCAAGCUACUGAGAUAAUCAGGGAGUGUCCAGAUACGUUGACUAUGACGGUUCUCAGAACAAUGCUGGGCCCAAAGUCAUCUUUUAUCACACCGGAGAAGAGGGCCAAGCUCCGGUCCAACCCUGUCAAAGUCCACUUUGCCGAGGAGGUGGAAGUUAACGGACACACACAGGGGAACUCGCUGCUCUUCCUGCCCAAUGUGCUGAAGGUGUAUCUCGAGAACGGGCAGACCAAGGCCUUCAAGUUUGAGCCCAGCACCACAGUCAAGGACAUUGUGAUGACACUGAAAGAAAAGCUUUCUCUGAGCCGCAUUGAGCACUUCUCACUGGUGCUGGAGCAGCAGCACAGCAUCAGCAAACUACUGCUGCUACACGAUGAGGAGAGGAUACAGCAGGUGGUCCAGAAGAAAGAGGCCCAUGACUAUAGAUGUUUAUUCCGUGUUUGCUUCAUGCCCAAAAACCUGCAGACGCUGCUGCAGGAGGAUCCCGCUGCCUUUGAGUACCUCUACCUGCAGGGGGUGAACGAUGUGCUGCAGGAGCGUUUUGCGGUAGAGAUGAGGUGUAACACCGCCUUGCGACUUGCCGCGCUGCACAUUAUGGAGAGGCUGGCCAGCUGUGGACAGUCACCCAAGACCAACUUGAAGAUGAUCACAAAGACUUGGGGCAUAGAGAACUUUGUGUCGUCCACCUUGCUGAGGAACAUGCGAGAAAAAGAUCUGAGGAAGGCCAUCGGCUACCACAUGAAGAAGAGCCAAUCACUGUACGAUCCCAAGCAGAAGGGCCUGUCAGCCGAUCAGGCACGGAUCAACUAUCUGGAGGAGCUGAGUGAACUCAAGUCAUUUGGAGGGAAAUCCUUUGGUGCCACCAUGAUGCUCCAGGAUAGGGAAUCAAUGGUGACCCUGUUGGUGGGAGCACGGUACGGGGUGAGUCAGAUCGUCAACCACAAGCAAAGCAUCCUCUCCACCCUCACCGAAUUCACCUGCAUAACACGCAUUGAGCUGCUGCCUGAAUCGGAAAAGGUCAGCCUGGUCAAAAUAUACCUGCAGGACAUUAAGCCCAUUACAUUACUACUGGAGUCAGCUGCAGCUAAGGAUAUGUCCUGCUUAAUAGCAGGGUACUGCCGAGUGUUUGUUGACCCCAACCUCAACAUAUUUCCCUGGAUAGAUGACUCCAAGAAGCACAGAGUCUCUGCUGAGGAAGGUUACGUCUCGCGGUGUGGCAGUGACUCGGAUGACUCGUCAGACUUGGACAUGGAACCGCUGGUCAGCCUCGUGUCUGAUGAGAGGCCCUGCCUGCGAAUCAGAUCUUCAUCAGAUCCAGAUGGAAGAAACAGAAAAGACAGAAGGAAAAACAAAGUUGGCAGUGAAAGGGGAGAUAAACCCAGGGAGGAUAAAAGACUAAAAAAUAAAAAGGAUGCUGACAGCAAAAAGGAAAAGUCUCAGCUGGAGAAGAAUGAAGAGAAGAAAAGCUCAGAGCAGAGGGAGGAGAUGAAGAGAGUCCAGGAUUAUGGACAAAUAGAGAUCCACAUAACAGACAAUGAUCCGGGGAGACACGCUGGGCAGGAAGGGGAGCUGGGAUGUGAAGUGGAUGCGCGAGCAGAGGAGGAGCAGCCGUCUGUAUCAGAUUCAUGUCAUACAGACUCGCAUGUCCUCACCAGCGCCUCCAGUGACACUCUCGAUGGUCUGGAGGAAGAUGACUUAAUGUCGUGCUCCUCUUCCUCCAUCCAUCCCAGUGCUGCUUCACAAAGUCACAUCAGCGCCCACUCUUUGGUUCACCUUCACCCUUACGCUCAUGGGCACGUACAGCCUCACCUCCUCACCCCGCCACCCGCUCACUCCCAUCCCGUGGUUCACCUCACAACUCCUGACAGAAGAGGAGGGACUUGCAGGAGGUCAGGUGAUGGAGCCGAUCCCCAGCACAGCUCAACUGUCUCCACCUCCUUUCAGAGCCUUCCUGAUACCCAAAGAUCUUCAGGUAACCUCUGUCCCGAUGACAGCUCUCUGUGUUUCGCGGAGCUCUCCCGCCUUGUGGACUUCCUGCCAAGCCCUCCUGAGGCUAGCGAGGAAGACGAUGAUGAAGAUGAGUUGAGGAGGAGGAGGAGGAAUGUGUUGAAAGAAACAGAUGGGGCAGGAGAAGGAGGAAGUGUAAGCAGGGAGGGUGGUUUUAAAGAACAUCUGUCAUCCCCUUCCCCAUCUUCCCACGCAGACUUUGUGUUUAACUUUGACCAGAGCGACGCUCGCUGCUACUACAACAUCUGCUCCAACAUCACCCCUGACAGCGCACGCAGCCUUCCUCAUAACCAGAAAGAAGACAAGGAGGAGGAGGGAGAGGACACUCAGGAUGAAGACCUGGAGACAGUACCCAUCCUUCACCCGCCCCCUGGCUUUGGAGACAGCAGCUCUGAUGAGGAGUUCUUUGACGCCAGGGAUCGUUUCACCUCACCAGAAGACCCGACAUCAGGGGCUGUGCCAAGAGAUAUUUGCACAGAGAUGAAGCUGGACUUCCUCAGCACACUCAGUCUCAGUGAUAUCAGAGUCUCUGUGCCGGACACAGCCAUAGAUGGAGAAACAGAAGGCGACAGAAAAAGAAGAGAGGAUGAAGGAGGAGGCAGAGAAACUUUGUUCCAGCUCAGAAAAAGGUCGAGGAAGCGCCGUUCCUUCAUGGAAACUGAUUACACCUCCAGGGUGUCGUAUCCAGAGCCAGAUCCGGAAUCAAAGCAGGCUCUGGCCUCCAACCAGUCCCAUAAAAAACUUUUGGGAGUCAUCAGUGAUGCCCAGAUGCUCAGUUCAGAUCCUGAACCUUCAGAGCAAAGCAAGAAUCCCAGCCCCACCGUCUCCUCACUCACUCACUCUGAAGGGGAACCUGCUCAGCUCGAGUCAAAACCUAUCCUGUCAACACGCUGCUCACGUGGAUCAGGCUCCUGCUCAGGGUUUGGUUCUCACGAUCAGACUAGAGACCCAAAGCCUGCCCCCAGAACCAGAAAGCAAGAAAUGGAGAUGGAACCUGAUGCAAUGGAGUCCAAAUCGGUCACCGAUCUGAUGAAGGCAGUGUCUCCCAUCAUCACUGUUGUCCGCUGCCGGGUGGAUCCAGACGGGAAGGAGAGUGCCGACCGGAGGGGUGACGGAAAGGAGGAAGGGGAGGGGAAAGAGGAGGGGCCAGAGCCAGAGGGUAUGACAGGGAAUGGACCAUUCACUAGUCAUAUGUUUUUGCAAGAAAUCACUGAACAGAAAGGUAACGAGGAAGAAGAGAAGAAAGAGGGAGUUGGAGGAUUCUUGUCCAGCUUGAAGAGACCACUUGUAGGUACUCAGACACCACCAGAAAUCCACACACUGUCUCCAUAUUUACCAGAGGGGAGUAAAAAGGGCAGUAAUGGCAUUUUGGUGUCCAGUUUGAUUGAACCAGAGAUAAAAAAUCCAGAGGAAUACAUUCUUAAAGGUCCCUCAUAUUCACCACCACCACCUCCACCUUCAUCCCCUCUACCCCCAAUACCAGUCCUUCACAACUCCCAGAGUGGCUGUCCAGCGAAGGAGGAAGGACCCAGCGAGUACACAGAAACCCAAAACACAACUGCAGUUUCAGAUUAUAAGGAACACGAUCCAGAGACAAACAAUCGCUCUAACAAAGAACGGGAACGCGCAAAAGUCACAACAAGCGCUAACGACGACGACGCCAUCGGGGCUGUGACCGCCAGCGACGAAGUUACAGACAGCACCAGUUCUGACAAUGUCUUUGAUGAUGAUGAUGAUGAUGAUGAUGAUGAUGAUGAUGAAGUGAGUAAUUCACUAAGUGACAAGAGAGAUGACAGGACUAUAGCUACAAAGUGUAGAACUAAUUCAGCAGGUAAAGGCGGGUCACAAACCAAGUCUCUUACAAACUCUGGAGCUCACAUAGGAAUUCAUUCUGAUUACACUCGUGCUAUAAACUCAAUUACAGCAAAGCUUGGAGCUGCAACAAGCGUCACGUCUCCUACUUUUAAUUCAGGUGCUGGGCUGAAAGGCGAGAUCACAUUAUACAAUGCUUCAAACCAAAAUGUGGACAAACCCGGAAGCGGAACCACUAUGCCGAGUGCUGAAGCUAAAGACAGUUUAGCUGAUCCUAAGCUAGCAAAGACUAACACAACUGUGAUCCAGGAUCUUUCCAAACAACCUGCUUCUCCAAUUCAUUUCCUCUUCCAGACCUGUUCCCCUGCCAUCAUGGGCCGAUUAUCUGCAUCAACUCUUAGGGGGAAGAUUCAACAGUUGCCUCUAUAUUUAUCACGAUCCCAAGAGUCUCUCAAUCAAACAGGGAUUGGGAAUAUGGCCCAGAGUCCUGCUGAGGACAACAGCAGGGACAAAGCAGAGGUCGCCAUCCAAGUAACAGAUGUUAAUGAUGUCACACAAACUGUUGACUUAGAAGUGGGCGCGACUGCUGAGUCGGUGGAUUCGGAUGAUUCGGAUACAACGGUCACAGGAUCAGAGGUGGACGGGGAAUUUUUUGUAGACACAAUAUUGGCAACGAGUUUUCAUUCAGGGACAGAGGUGAAGGAGGUCAGCUCUGAGCUACCUGUUCAGACUGAGCCUAAGCCCCAACAUCGAAAUUUGUUGUACUCUGGACCUGACAAGGACACACCAGGACCCAUAACAGUGCCCCCAACCUCCGUAGUGAGCCAACUCCAAAGAGAUGCCACAGGUUUAAAGAUGGACACUCCUGGUCCCAUAAAAGACGCUCCAGAACUGAACAUCAAACUCACAAGUCCAGAUGAAGACAUACCAGGUUAUAAAACAAGCAAUCGAUCACCUUCCAUCCCUCCUGCGAUAGUUGUGACCACAGAAAAUCUAAAUGGGCCCAGACUCACUUUUCAGCCGCAGAAAGUAAGAAGGAACAGUAGCGACAGGCCUUUGAUGGGCCUUUGUCGACCUUCAGAGAAGGUUUCAGGCUCACCAAAAACACCUUCCUCAGGCUGCAGAGUGUUCACUAUCUGCGAGGAUCCAACAGAGACAAAGACCCAGGCCGAAGUGGUGUCUGCUCCACCCUUGAAGUCUGAGUUCGGCUGUGGUUCUGUGCUAGCGUCUGGAUGUGACUCGGUCGUAGAGGGGGUGCAGGUGCCGCUGGAUGCUUGCGGUUGCCCGGCGGUUUACACAAACUGCUUCAGCAGUGAGGACAGCUUUGACGAUGAGCUGACAGUCUACGAGUUCUCCUGUCGCACACAGAGCAGUGGAGUAACGCAGACUUCUGAAGCAGGUCUUCCUCUAAUGACCUCUUCUCCGAUUCACUCUUUUCUUUCCACUUCCUCCUCCCACUCCCCCUCUUUUCCUCGCUCCAUCCUUUUUUCCUCCUCUACCUCUGAGCUCAGCCCUCUCCUCUCACCUCUCUCGGACACCUCUGAUUCUUUCACGCCUCAAACGCACAAGGAGACCAUCAGUCGGCUGGGUCAGCAGCGCUACCCAGAACCUCCCACGGGUUUCCAAGUACUCCGCUUAGAUGUGGACCAGCUUCUUUCUAUCCUGGAAGGUAGCAAUGCUGACCGAUCUGUAGGAGGUCACAGAGCUCGUCACCCAAGAGAAACCUGCCCUGCUCACUUUACAGAGAACAAGAGGGUGCUCCAGAUGGAGGCACGGCGGCUGAUGUCAGGCUGCCAAAAGGUGGUGGGGAUUGGACAGAGCCCAGAGGAAAUGCUUCACUCUCUGGCCGACAGUUUCCGGACCCUGGUGGAGCUGGCAGGUGUGUGUCUCUGGUUCUCCGGGUGCGACAGGUGUGACCGGAGGAACACAGAGGCCGUUGCAGGUCUGGCAGAUGUGGCCCGCUCAUUCAGGGACUUUUGCCUGGCGGCGGAGCGUGCCAGCAGCAAACGCAGCUGCCAGGACCUGAGCACGAAGCUGCUAGCCAAACAGUGCACAGCACUCACAGCCUCAGUCUUCUGCCUCACUCAGCUGUUCCGCACCCUCACCGCACUAUGAGGGGACCACAGCCCUUCAAGAAAUGACCUUCGGCCUUGCAACCUGUGGCGUGCAGCUCCACACACAAGGUCACCGGUGAGCCCACAGCUGCUGUAGGUGUGGGAUGAGUGUGACCUGGGACUCUUGGCAGUGAAGCUUGCGGUGCUGUUCAACAAAAGCUCAGAAGCUGGAGCCCAUCUACAAUUUUUGUCUGGUUAACGAAGCAGAGAUCGCCGAGGUGCAUGUGGUGACUGAGCAGCUGUGCACAAACUGUAGCAAACCAACCAACCAGAAAGCCAAGAGCCAGACUGUAGAGUGCUGCAAGCUUGCAUUCCAGUAUUGAGGAGCUAAUGUACUUGAAUGUAUUCUAUGUUAUUAACUGUUUAUUUAUUGAUUGAUUGGUUUAUUUAAUGAGAUACUGCAGUUUGUCUGAGCGAGAAUGUCAAGGAAGAAAUUUGGAAAUGUUUACAGUCACAGCUUUAGACAGAGGCGCAGCGGUGUGUCAGAGUAGUGGGCCUUUUUCACACAUGCACAAGCACACAUGUAACUGACACAGAGUAACUCUGAUUCAUCCAUUCAUACACUGGCCUUUUGUUCAACUGACUGACCAUUUUAACUCAGUUUCCUCCGAUCAUCUGACUGCAGUUUACAGAUUCUUAUAUAGUAUAUCUUUACAUUCUCCAGGAUGUCAGUGAGGACUUUUUCUGAAUGUUAAUGUUUACAAAACCAAAAAAACUAGUGUGGGACAUGAUUUGAGGAUUUCAAGCCUGAAGCCAUUUGCUAUUUUAUAAACCUAGUAGUGGAAUGCUGAUGUAUGCGCGGUAUAGGAUUUUAUGAAACAACACAUUCAACUUUUUUGUCCUUUUGCAGAGACGUUUGAUAGGAUCUGUGGACGUUCGUCAGCUGUUCUUUCAGUUAUUUUGUCUUUGACUGAAACCUCCCGGUGCGUGGUGGCAUUACUGUUACAACCCCCCUGUAGUAUUUUCCAUAUAUUUAUUUAUUUUUCUAUAUCCUGCAAGAAUCUGCAGGCUAUAGAAGAUGCUUUUACCAAUGGGCAUUUAUGGUAUGUGAUGUAGGUCUGUAAGAAUUUCAAGUCUUGAGUUUGAGCUCUGAGGAUGCUGAAAGAAGACUGACUUGAACUAACCUGUCCCUUACACUAAGUGCAUUAUGAGAGAUUUCCCAGUAUGACCACAAACAUGACUUAACCGGUGACAUCGUUUGGCCACAGAAUGCAGUACCCGUGAAUAAAUGUGUGAGCUUUUUCAGCCUUUGAUUGGCACGUUGUGUAGGCUGGUCAGAUCCAGUGAUUGGCUCACAGCCUCUUUUUAGAUUUCUUUGACACGAAAAUUAUGUGCAACACCGAUUUGCAUCAAGUUUAUUAUUGUGGAUAAGCUGUUUGUAUGGCAGCAUUUUCACUGGGAAUGUUUUAAAGGCUUGAUGCACACGAGACCUGCAUGUUCACUGGAGAAAUAACUAGCGAAGGUAAUUUCACCGCUUCAGUACCGGGGAUACAGAAAAUUGCUAACAGUGUUUCUCUUUAUGUUUAUAACAGCAGCUGAAACACUUUUAUUCACUUGUACUGUUUUGUUUCAUUUGGUUGCAACAUGAUAUUUUCCGCUGUUAUUUUUUUCCAGUUUGCAGCAGUUUCGUCAUGAUCUCCGUGUACACGUUUUCUCCAAAAGGAAUGAUGGAAAACCCUUUUUUUUUUUUUAAUCAUCUGUGCUCACAAAGCAUGCUGUUAUAAUCCAUAAAAUGCAUUGUUGUCUCUUCAGGGAUUUUAUCUGUGAAUGACUGAAAGAUGAAGUUUGCGCUUGCUUUGUAAUGCUCAAU